CAAGACCAAGUCUUUAAGAGCAACUUCCCUUCCUCAGCUGCCUAAACUUUUUUUGUUGUUCUUGUGGCUGGAUAGAAGUGUCACAUUUUGCUCCCUCCUGAGACUGCUCUCACCCCCCUCGCAGAGAACUGCAGCCUGCCUCCGUGCAGGGGUUGCUGCCAGCUACCUCCAGCCUCCCCGGGAGGAGAGAGUACUUUAAGCAACUUGUAAGUCCUCUCACUGAACUACUAUGAAGUUUCUGGGGAAAUCCAGUCCUCAGAGAGCUGUUUUUCUGCCUCUUUGCUGGCUCCUUUUGAAGUUUCUGCAACCUGGACGCUGCCACCUUUACAACAACCGCUAUGCGGGUGAUAAGGUGAUAAGACUUCUUCCCAAGACAGAAGGGCAAGUACAUGCACUGAAGAAGAUGUACCACCAACUUCAGGUGGAUUUGUGGCAGCCCAGCAGCAUCUCCUAUGUAUCAGAAGGAACAGUUGUUGAUGUUCAUAUUCUUCAAAAUGCUUCCCAAGCCUUGUUAGCCUUCUUACAUGAGGCCAACAUCCAGUACACGAUCCUCAUCAAAGAUCUUCAGAAAACACUGGAAAAGGAAAGCAGUUUGAGAACCCAGAGAAAUCGCAGAUCCCUCUCAGCCUAUAACUAUGAGGUGUACCACUCCUUAGAAGAGAUUCAAGAUUGGAUGCAUCAGCUGAAUAAAACUUACACAGGCUUUAUUCACAUGUUCUCUAUUGGAAGAUCAUACGAGGGGAGAUCUCUUUUUAUCUUAAAGCUGGGCAGAAGAUCACAAGCUUACAAAAGAGCUGUUUGGAUAGACUGUGGUAUUCAUGCAAGAGAAUGGAUUGGCCCUGCCUUUUGCCAGUGGUUUGUAAAAGAAGCUCUGCUAACAUAUAGGAGUGACCCAGCCAUGAAAAAAAUGUUGAACCAUCUAUAUUUCUACAUAAUGCCUGUGUUCAAUGUCGAUGGAUAUCAUUUUAGCUGGACCCACGAUCGAUUUUGGAGAAAAACAAGGUCAAGGAACUCAAGAUUUCAUUGCCGUGGAGUUGAUGCUAAUCGUAACUGGAAAGUGAAAUGGUGUGUUGAAGGAGCUUCUAUGCACCCUUGCGAUGACACAUAUUGUGGUCCUUUCCCAGAAUCUGAGCCAGAAGUCAAAGCAGUAGCUAACUUCCUCCGAAAACACAGAAAGCACAUUAGAGCUUACCUUUCAUUUCAUGCAUAUGCUCAGAUGUUGCUGUACCCUUAUUCUUACAAAUACGCAACUAUCCCCAACUUCAGCUGUGUGGAAUCUGCAGCUCAUAAAGCUGUGAAAGCACUUCGGUCUGUAUACGGGGUACAGUACAGAUAUGGACCUGCCUCACGUACAUUGUACGUGAGCUCUGGGAGCUCAAUGGAUUGGGCCUACAAAAAUGGAAUUCCCUAUUCAUUUGCAUUUGAGUUACGUGACACUGGCUAUUUUGGAUUUUUACUGCCAGAGAUGCUCAUCAAACCCACCUGUACAGAGACCAUGCUGGCUGUGAAGAAUAUCACAAUGCACCUGCUAAAGAAGUGUCCCUGA